AACCAAAGCAGCAACACUUAAUUGCUUUAUUAUCUUUUGGAAUAAACAAGACAAAACGGGUCUACCUGUGUGGAUGUUGGGACUGAGUGUGGAGCAGCUUGGAGCUGACAUGAACCGUUUGCUCGCCAUUCUUUUCCACCAGGGAGUCUUGGACGAGCAGUUCUUGCAGCUCCAGCACUUGCAAGAUGAAUCUUCCCCCAACUUUGUGUCUGAAGUUGUCACCAUUUACUUCCACGAGUCCGAGAAGCUCCUCCGCAAUCUCAGAGCUUUGCUAGUGGAUAAGGAGCUAUCCGACUACAACAAGAUGGGAAUCCAUUUGAAUCAAUUGAUGGGAAGCAGCUCCAGCAUCGGCGCUCAGCGCAUCCGUAACGUCUGCAUCGCCUUUCGGGCCGCUUCCGAGCUCAACAACCGCCCCGGAUGCUUGAGGGCUUUGGAGCUGUUAGAAUAUGAAUAUUGUUACCUCAAAAACAAGCUGCAUGAAUUCUUUCAGAUUGAGCAGCAGAGAAUGCUAGCAGCUGCAGUGAGAUAUCCUGCACCUCAGCAACACAUAAACAAUCCUCAAGGCUGAAGUGAUCUCAAAUGUCAAUGGCAGCAAAAAGUGAUAGAAAAGUGGUGGAAGAUAGUGACAGAAUUUCACCUGCAUUGAAUGCAUGCAGCACAGAUAAAUUCCCUUUUUCUUGAAUGGGUAUUUAAUUUAGGCAGCAGCUGCUCCUGAUUCUGAUAACAAAUCUCACUUCCAAGAAACUAGGUUUUCAGCUUUUUUUUUGUUUAGGGGUUAAAGUACAAGUAGAGAAAGAUUUAUCAUAUCCUAUUUAGUGCUUCUUUUGUGGACUGUAAUCUAUUCAAAACAAUUCUACUGUCUCUUCACUUUGA